AUGGCGUCCUCUACACCCUCAAAGAAGCAGCAGAAAGGCAAAGUGUCAAGCUACAUGAGGACCCGUAGAGACACCGCUGCGAGCCAAGGUAAAGAUCCCCUUGCUUCAGCCCCGACUGGCGCCUCUGCGGCAGGAAACGCCAUCUCUGUGGAGGGUGAAAAUCCGGGGACAGCUCCUCCAGGGCCCGACCCCCCCGGUAGCUCUGGCCCAGACACAGAAUUGGGACAUGCUAGGCCCGACGCGGGCAGCCAGCCCUCGAGAGGCGACAGCAGGGCCCCUGGGCAGAGAGAGCACAGUACAAAGAGGAAGCAGUCCAUUCGGUGCCCAACUGCAGCAAUACCGGGGCAGCUUCAGCUUCCGGAAGCUCCAGAGCCCCGUGAGCCUCAGCCUCCAUCUUCUCCGAUGUCUCGGCCAAACUGCCGCCUCCAGUCUGAACUUUCAGUGAGGGGCCAGGAAGCCCCAGGACCUGCCCUCAGGAGAACUGCCACCAAGUCAGGUCUUGUGGCUCCUCCUGCCCUUAAGGCCCUCGGCCUAGCUGUUAAGCCUGACUGUAGUCCUUACAAAAGGGCACCUCAGUCCAGCUCUCAUGGCAGCGGCCACGUCUCCCCUGCGGGCGAGAAUCUCUGUCAGAAGGACACUCGGAGGCGUCCUGAUGAUGCCCUUUGCCAUAGUGAAACUGAGUCGAGCUCUGAUCCCAAGGCCAGUGUUAUCGGAAGCAGGGUUCUCCGCUCACGAGUUGUAGCAUCUGUUCCUCAUAGGAGAGCCUUGGAAGCCAGCCCUGCUGUUCGUCCAGGUGCCUCAGAUCGAAAUUUGCACUCUCAAGCCGCUCGGCAGGAUCCGGUUCUUCACAGCAGUAGGCUGAGGCCCAGGCCUGAUAGGGGCAGCAGCCCUGCAACCGGACGCAAAGCCAUCCCUGUCCCAGUCCCUGUCCCAGUCCCUGUCUCUGAUCCUGUCCCUGACCCUGACCCUGUCCCAGACCCUGGCCCUGGCCCUGGUCCUCACCCUAGCAGCCUGAGUGUAGCGUACCCUUCCAACUCUAGGCCUCCAUUUCUAGAGAGAUCCUUUAGAACAAUCUCAAGAUCUCCUCCAAGGCGGCCAGUCCGCAUGCGGGCCUCUUCCCCUUCCCCUCCUAGUAGGCGUUACUACUUUCCUGUCCAGAAUAACGAAGGUCCCAGCUCUUCAUCCUCCAGUGGGGAGUUCAAUGGUUCAAGUCUGCAUUCUUACUUCAGUAGGCCACCUGGCGAGGGCUCCCAUCCUCUAUUUGAUGCCUUACGCUCUAGUUCUGGUCCUAGUCCAAAUGCCGUUUGGCAUGCCUUGAUACCUGACCUAGAUAAUCUGUUCUCUUCCACUUCCGGAGAGUCAGAGGGAGAAGUAGAGGAAGUCCUUCACUCUACGAAAUAG